AUGACCUCACUGCUGUUCCCUGGCAACGCCCACGCUGCGAUGAAGGACCUCUCCUCCUCCUCUCCACUCAGUUCCCUGCUCCACUACCCAUCUUCCAAAGCCUCCGUCGUGCCAUACUCCCCGUCCGUCGGCGCUGCCUCCUCGCCCGGGUCAUCGCUGUCAGCGGCUCCGCUCUCCAAACCUCAGCCCUUCUGCCUCCAGACGGGGCCGCAUCUCAUUGCCAGCAUGCAGCUGCAGAAGCUCAAUUCGCACUACCAGAACCUCGCCGGCGCCUCUGCUGGACACCCGGCGCCCGGCGGCGCUCAAAGGGGCUUCAGUGCCUCGCCCUUGGGCAUGGGAAACCAGCUUCUGGGACCGUCUGGAGGCCUCAGUGGAGGCGGGAUGGGUGUCGGCAUCAGCAUGGGAAACCAAAGCUCCGGUGCGGGUGGGAUUAUCGACUUUGACCCCGUGGACGAGGAGGUGCUCAUGUCACUGGUGGUCGAGUUGGGUUUGGACCGAGCGAACGAGCUGCCCGAGCUCUGGCUGGGCCAGAACGAGUUCGACUUCAUGUCAGACGUGCCGGCCGGAUGCUGACCUGCAACAGAGGAAAAGCAUCGAGCUGCAGCAGAAUUGAUGUUUUUCUCUUUUUCUCCCUUCUUCGUCGACGAAAUGAGGAAACAGAAGAGACACUGAGUGAUGAGGACAAAGAGAUUAGAGGCGUACUCCAGUUUCUGUUUUACUUUCAUCCUCUCUGUGGCCAGGCAGGUGGAUUAAAACACCACAGCUUGCUUUAGAUUACUUUAAUGGGCUCCUGCACAAAGAGAGCAAACUGUUUUAUGUUCCAUUCAAUCACUACUUUUCUCUCUCUCUGUGAUCAAACUGGUGGUUGAAACUGACCUGAUGAGAUUAAGAAGUCUGUUUCGCCUCUGAUUUUUAUCUUUCCUUUCAUUUAAAGCAAAAAAAAAAAAACAUUAGUAGACUUUGAAGAGAAACGAGCAGUCGUGGAUAAAAGACGACACACCUGGUAAGACUUUCUGAGCGCUGCUCUCUCUCUGGACCAACGCUUGACGAAAAUGAAAGUGGGAAACGUGACCUUAUGGGAGCUUUGCGAAGGAUGACAAACAGUACGUUUCCUGUUUUCUUAAUGGACAAUGUCAGACUCUGGUCUCACGGGAAAGAGACUCCUGUCUCUCGGCUCCACAAAGAGACUGAUUGUCUUUGGAACUGGUCAUCUCAAUGUGCUUCUCAGUGUUCUGUCUUUUCUGUCUCUUUCUCUGAUUUAAGUUCAAGCAGUCGCAUUCACAGAACAUGUUAUUUAAGACAGUGGCUGAUACCCAUCAGGACUUCUGGACAAGGAGCGCCUCUGUAGCGCGUCUUUACAAUCAGUUCUUAUUUUCUGAACAUAAUGAAUUAGAUCAAGCGAUGAGGAAUCCUUCGAAACACGGGACCUCAGUGGAGUAAACUCUUUCUGGCUCUGGAGCCUCAUUAAAACGGUCGAGUCCUCGCGGCUCAUGUGAGUCGCCGCUGCGAUGCACGUGUUUUGUGGUCAAACUGACGUCGGUUGAUCUUGAUUAGCACUUCCUCCUCCAACGCUGAGGACGCGGGGACAUUUGCAGACCCAAAGCUGAAUGGCAAGAACAGAUAAAGUCGUGUGGGCCUCGCUUUGUUGCUUUUCAGUUUGCGCCACUUUGGUUAUCACCGCGUCUGCGUCCCUGAUAAGGAGGCAUCGUCCGUCUGUCCGUCUGUCUGUUUGAGGCUGCUGUUUGAACACCUUGCAGCGGAGCCUUUGACCUCAACUGCGACUCGGCUUCCGGGUGUCAAACUGUCGGUCCACAGCAGUGCAGGUUUCAGACGCUUGGAGACGGACAGAAUUGGACUGAACCUUUCAGGCUAAUCCGUUCACGGAAGCUGAUGUGGCUGACGUAUGAGCGCCGCUAGCCGCCAGCUUCUGCUCAUCCUCACCUUUUCACCGUCUUUUGCAGGCUGAGACUCUACGGAGAACAUCUCCAUGAGUUUACGCCGCUUCCCCAGGCAGCCAUGUUGGAGAAUCAGAACCAAAAUUACAUAAAAUACUGAAGUGAAAAUGUUUUCCCAAACAACCCAGCAAACUUCAUCUUCUUUUUAGACUCUUACUCACUGACCAAAACAUAAAAAAAUUUUUUUUUUAGUGCCUGACUGUGUAUGUGGACAUUCAUGUUUUAGGCUGCAGACUUUAAUGAUGGAAAAAAAAAGUCCCAGGGGACUUCAGCUGACGUCCACGCCCUGCUCGUCUGUUAGAGCUGUGGUGGACCUUGUGGUCCUGCUGUCGGAGGAUGCAGGCAGCAUGAGGCCUCUGACCGAUUUCUGUUAUGGAAAGAAGAGACCAGCACAAAGAACAAAGGCCUUUCACCUCAGCCUGGUGUGUCUGUCAUCUGGGCGUCGUGGGUCUCUGCUUGGACCACACAGUAGAAAUAACACACCUGUGUGUGUGUGUGUGUGUGUGUUUGCGCACAAAGAUGUGACAACUCAUCUGUAUGUGCUUUCAUGUCCAUACAAACACACACACAGAAACCAGACUAUUAGCAGGCCUACAAAGGCACCGAAAUAAACCCAACACACACACACACACACGCAUGCUCACACACACACACAUAUCAUGGGGAUGGUGUUACAGCAGAGAAAUGGGAGUAGCAGCCAUGAAACAGGCACUUGUUCAGUUACCCACAGACUUCACAGGGUAUUGGGGUUGUUAGUGUGUGUGUGUGUGUGUGUGUGUGUGUGUGGAAAAGAGAGAAUAUGAGACUGCAAGGCUGAAAAUGCAAUUGUGUGUGAGAGAGGCAGGUAAUCCGUCCAUCUGAAGACCACUGGUGGAGGCAAAAACACGCUGGACCUCAUUAAUUUAUUUAGAAAUAGAAAGGUCAGCUUACACACACACACACACACGUCUCAAAUCCUAUUUUCCUACACACACACACUCUACCUAAUGCCAGUUUUUGAUGUUCAUUACUGUCUCGGUUACAGUCACUGGGCACCAGUUUUCUGUUCUUUCUUUGGUGAAAUGUGAGAAGCGGUGAUUAAUGAAAACCUGACGAAGGAGUAAUUUGACAGAAUCCCCCUUUUUAAGAGGGAUUUGCCGGACAUUUUCCCUUCGCAAACAACCACUUUAUUGACACGGCGUGCAGCGAACAGCAGAGACAUAAAACUGCUUCUCAUCACUUCCAAGCCCAGCAGACAGACGGGCUGAUUCUUCUCUUCCUCUGUCUCGCCGCCUAACUGGGGCAGAAUAACAUUCUUCAGAUUGAAGACAGUCGUGUGUUUGUUUCCAUCUGCCCAACAUUGUUUUAAAGUCCUUCUUGUGUGUGUGUGUGUGUUGUUUUGUGGUCCGGCCUUAAUCCCAGCUGAUUGAAUGUUAUUUUUCUGCUGUGUGAAGCUGAGGAGCGUCCCCUCCUCCUCCUCCUCCUCCUCCUCCUCCUCCCCGGAGAUGUUGCCUGGUCAAGAUGUUUCAAUCGUCUGAGGGCUUUCAUUUCCUCUUCUCCUUGAUGUCCGAUAUUGCAGUUUGCCCCCCAACAGAGAUGUUUUGACCUCAAAGACGCUUCACAGCUCUUUGGAUUCUAACGACCAAAAUUUCCAUGCAAAACACUCCCCGUUACCUCACAAGGCUGGUAACCGAGUGUGUGCUUGUGCUUGUCAAAAGCUAAAUAAAAAGACUGAGUGAUACGUGAAUCAGUGAAUACGAGCAACAGUGACAGGUGACAGGUGAAAACGGCUGCCGGGAAUCUGUUUAAACGUAACAAAAUCUGCCUGGCGACAAGUCUUAAAACUCACUAAUUAACUCACUGACUUCCACAGUGAACACAGGAAGGUGCUGCUCCUGUUUUCAGUGCUUUCAGAUGGACUCCCAGUCCCUACCAACCAGUGAAGUGGAUUUACAGAUAUUAGUUGCCUCCGGGCUUCUGGGUCAUGAAAAACAUCCCAACACAUCAAGGCCUGUGAGAUGCUUCGACACGAGUGGCGACGUAUCUGUUAGAAGGUUUGCCUUCCACAGUAAUGAAAAUGUUGGGCCACUGCUCUGCUGCCAGGUCUGCUUGUCAAACAGAAGUAGACUCUGCACUGAUUUAUUCCUUUUUUUGUUGUUGUUUUUGUUUUGUUUUUUCAUCACAUUUACUUCUAACCCUGUACAUUUAAAUCUGAUUUUGUGUUUUAUUUUUGUUGGUUUCACAUGCAGUUUCUUCCUCUUUUCUAAUGGUGAAAUGAAUAUUAUUCAAAGAUGAUUUUUAAAGCACUUUUGCUCCACCGGCUCUCACUUGUACAUCUAUAUGAAUAUGUAAAUGUCUUAAAUCAUAUUGAAAAAAAAAGGCUUGUAUUUUUGUUACAGCUGUGAGUUUGGGGGGGGAAAUAAAGAAACUGAAAACUGA